AACAAUAAAUAUAAAAAUUAGGUAUUUGUGUUGUCGUCACUUGCCCUUUUCAAUCAGAGUUCCAAAACCCUAAAUCAAUCAAAUUUUUAGCUACUUCAAAAUCAAACAAAGAUAUAUUUUUUUCUUGAAUUUUGCUCCGCCUUUAAUUAAAGACAGUAAACACAUUUUCAGGGACAAGCAUAGUUGUGAAGAUGGAUCAGCAAGGCCAUGGACAGGCCCAAGGAAUGGGGGCUGUUGGUAGCUCUGCUCAGAUGCCUUACGGUAUGGCACCCUAUCCAACAAAUCAAAUGAUGGGUAUUGUACCCCCUACAUCAGUUGGAGGAUCAGGUGCACCUUCACAAACGUCUGGUCUUCCAUCUCCUCCUGCCCAACUCGCACAACAGCAACUUGCUUAUCAGCACAUCCACCAGCAACAACAGCAGCAGUUGCAUCAACAACUCCAAAAUUUUUGGGCAAAUCAAUACCAAGAAAUUGAGCAAACAACUGAUUUCAAGAACCAUAGUCUACCAUUGGCUAGGAUCAAAAAAAUCAUGAAAGCAGAUGAAGAUGUGAGAAUGAUAUCUGCCGAAGCACCGGUUAUAUUUGCCCGUGCAUGUGAAAUGUUCAUCCUUGAGCUGACCCUAAGGUCUUGGAAUCACACUGAAGAGAACAAAAGGAGGACCCUUCAGAAAAACGACAUUGCUGCUGCUAUUACAAGGACUGAUAUAUUUGACUUCUUGGUUGAUAUAGUACCACGAGAAGAUUUAAAAGAUGAAGUUAUUGCUUCUACGAUGCCAAGGGGUGGGCCCCUUCCUGUUGGAGCUCCAACUGAGGGUCUUCCGUACUAUUAUAUGCCGCCUCCACAAGUUGGUGCUUCAGGGAUGUAUAUGGGUAAGCCCGUGGAUCCUCAAGCUCUGUAUGGGCAGCAGCCUCGUCCGUACAUGGCCCAGCCUAUGUGGCCACAACAGCAACAACAAGAACCACAGGAAGAUGCUUAAGCAGGAGACUUGCAAGAAAUGGAAAUCUGAACAUGUUGGAUGUAGACAACACUCGCUCAUGGGCAUUUGUAGCAACACCAACUCGUUGGAAAUUUGUAUGGUUUGAUUUUCAUGUGGUUAUUUAGGAAUGCUUUUAGUCCUUAACUAUGUCUGUAUCUCUUCUCCUUGACAAUAUUGCUGUUUUAUGAUGUUGGCGCCUGGCGGCGAACCUGUGUAAUAUCUGGACCUGGCUCUUCAUAAGUCAAAACUCAUAUCAGAUGCAAAAGGCAUGCUAUAUGCCCUUCUGAUUGCAGUAGGUUUCCCAAA